CCCAACCCACCACACCCACACCCACAAUGCCGCCACGAACAGCACGCACGCCGACGCUCGAGGCGCUCCUGCCCCCCAUCCUGGCCAAUCUGCAGUCGGACCCGCCAAACGCGUACAGCGCGCACCAGAAGGCGCUGACGACCACGGCGCGUCUAGUGCACGCGGGGCACGGCGCGCUCGCCGUCGAGAUCCUGUUUGCCGUCGCGCGCGAGCUGCUCAAGCUCGGCGAGGCGGGCUCGGGCGUCGAGCUCGGCGUGCGCAUGAUUGAGAUCAUGGGCCAGAUUGGCACCCCCGUCGACGACAAGAGCAAGGCUUCCGUGACCCAGCUCCUGGCCCUCACGCCCCCAAGCGGAAACUGGCGCAAGAAGCUCGCCGACGCAGCAGUCAAGUGGUCGGCCGCCGGCGGCUGCCCCACCGGCGACCCAAGCCUGCACCAGUACCUCGGCGAGCUGUACUACAAGGACCGCCUGUUCGUGCCCGCCGAGCACCACCUCCUCGCCAGCGGCAAGCGCGACGCCGCGACCCUGCUCGCCGAGCUGUUGUUCGAGUGGUCGGAGAAAGGCAAGCAGGACCCCGGGCCGUACGCCGUCAAGGGCACGCUUCCCUUCCUUGCCCAGUCCCCGCCCAACGUCCUCCCCGCCGCAGCCUUCCUCCAGCGCUUCCUCUCGCUCCUGCAGUCGCCAGCCUCUGCCGCCUCGUCCAUCUUCCUCGGCUCGGCGCCAGGCCCGACCCCGACCGACGCAUACGUCGAGCUCACGACCUCCCCGACGCUCAACUUCCUGCAGCUCGCCCUCGCGACGGUCGAGCGCGCGCCGGCGCCCGGCGUCUCGGGCGUGCAGGCGCGCGGGACGGACGGAGGCGUCGCGCGUGACUGGCAGCAGCUGCUCGCGCGCUACCGCCGCAUUGCGGGCAGCGACGGCGUGCUCGCCAACCCCGACGUCAACGAGGCCCUCGAGCACAUCUCGGCCUCGGUCUUCCUCAUCCCCCAGCGCAACACGGGCCAGAACGACCUGCUCCAGAACCUCAUGGGGUCACUGUUCGGCGGCGGCAGCGGCGGAGGCCUGCCUGGUCUCGGCGCGAGGUAGCGCGAUGCGGUGUGUUGUCAGGGUGCAGCGCGGCGUGAAGAGGUAUACUCAUAUGCACACAUAUAACUGGGCGGGGAGGGUGUGAAUGGACGGCGUAGAGCUGGAGUCGAGCAGUUGUCGUGAGGAGAUGCCUGUCCCAGUGAAUGUUCAACAAUGUCAACCAACAUGCACAUCAUGUUGGAUUCUAGCCUUACG